UGGGCUGGCCGGUUUCAUCAAUGGACGUCACGCCACGUCGGAGUUUCCCCACACAGUGAGCCUAGAGGCCUGAGGAGCGAGGAAGAGGCUGAGAGAGACCGGAGCCAGGCGCUCUGCUCAGUUCGCCAUGAUCCCAGAUGAAACCCCCCUCUUUGACCCUCAUUUACUGGAGGAGAUCGACUGGAGUCAGAACACGGUGCCUUUCAGCCCUCCCAUCUCGCCGCGGAACCCCGGAGAGUCGCUGGUCCUGAGGCCGCUGUGUACUGCCGAUUUAAAUCGAGGAUUUUACAAGGUACUAGGACAACUGACAAAAGUAGGAGAUGUGUCGGCGGAGGAUUUUAUCAAAAAAUUUGACCACAUGAAGAAAACGGGCGACUACUUUGUGAUCGUGGUGGAAGAUUUGAAUCUCGGACAGAUUGUGGCUACGGCAACCUUAAUUAUAGAACAUAAAUUUAUACAUGCGUGUUCAAAGAGAGGUCGGAUAGAAGAGGUGGUUGUGAGCGAUGAAUGUCGAGGCAAACAGCUUGGAAAAUUGUUAGUAUCUGUGCUUACAUUGCUAAGCAAAAAGCUUGACUGUUACAAAGUUACACUGGAGUGCAAACCCAAGAACGUUGCCUUUUAUGAAAAGUUUGGCUACAGCUCCUCAGACGAGACCUACAUGCAGUGUCGCUUCUUCGACUGAAUUCCACUGAAACCAAAGAGAGAGACGAACGUCUUCACAGAGACCGGCCUGGACGCGCCUGGACUCAUCGCUGUAAUAAAAACGUGUAAAUAACAGAAUUGUUUUUAAACUAUUUAAGGGGAAAAAAAAAACGGAAUUUUGUUAAUAAGAGUAAAAAAAAAAACACUUUGCAUAAAAGAUGAUCGGAAUGUUAUUUGAAAAAAAAAAAUACAUAAAAAGAUCAGCAGAGUUUGAAAUGUUUCACCGUUGGAAUAAUUGAAAUUGUAUAGAAAAUGUUUUUUUUAAACUGUAAGUUAAGAGUAAAAAUGUUUUUACUGUA